AUGGAUCCUUCAGAAGCUAGUCUAGAUGGAAUUGAGGCACAGAGGUCAACGGACGUGUCUCAUGACCAACGCAACCGAAGAUACUUCCUCAUGAACCUGAUGAAUAACGGUGAAAGCCAAAAAAGAGCAUGCACACCGCUACCUAAGGAGUCUGUCCCUGAGUUUUUAACCAAUCUCAGACUCUCUGAUCUUUAUAACCUUCCCGGUGAAUCUGUGGCCAUGAAAUCAGAGAUGUUUAGUGCCAUGCGAGCCGGGAACAUAGAGUUUCUGGAGAAGAUGAAACGGUAUGAAACACCAAUGGCAUGCUUCAAGAACAAGGAGGGAGAUUCCAUUCUCCACCUUGCUGCUUCUUAUGGUCAUCUUGAGCUAGUGAAAGGCAUAGUCUCUGAAUGUCCAUCUCUUUUAUUGGAGCCAAAUUGGGAGGAUCGGAUUCCGCUUCAUGUGGCGGCUCGUGCUGGCCAUUUAGCAGUUGUUGAGACACUUGUUUUGUCGGUAACAUGUCUUUCAGCUAAGCUAUCGUCGGAGGAAGAGAGGGAGAGGUUGAAUCUCUAUGUUCUCAAGGAUAAAGAUGGAGAUACGCCUCUACACUUAGCCCUGAAAGACCUCCAUGAAAAAACAGAGGUAUUGAUUCUUUUGAUGUAUCAGCAUCGCACUAGGAACCAAUCUAUUUCACACUUUGUCAUGCAUCAACGACGUAUCAGAUGCAGUUCAUAUACUGGAACAUCAGCACUAAUGAAGACAGCUGCUUGUCUAGUGAAUGCAAACCAACGUGUUUCAUUUAUUGCAAAUAAGGAUGGAAUAUCACCCAUGUAUCUGGCAGUUUUAGCUGGUAAUGUGUCCCUUGUGAAUUCAAUGUUGAAACAUCCUUCUCAUAAUAACAUCCAAGGCUUGGCCUCACAAUUAGAAGGGAGAAAAUCACUUGUUCAUGCAGCUCUAAAGGCCAAGAAUACAGAUGUUCUUGAAGUUAUUCUCAGUGAAGACCCGGGCCUUGUCAAUGAGCGAGAUGAAAAAGGAAGAACUUGUCUUUCAGUUGGAGCAUCUGUAGGGUUUUAUAAAGGAGUAUACAAGCUAUUAGACCAUUCAACCUCAACCGUCUUUGAAUGCAACGAUGAUGGUUCCUUUCCCAUUCAUAUAGCAGUGGAAAAAGGUCAUGUGGAUGUUGUUAAAGAGAUUAUAAAACGUUGUCCGGACUCAGUAGAGCAACUUAACAGAGAUGGUCAGAACGUUCUUCACAUUGCAGCAAAGAGUGGGAAAGCUGCAUCUUUUCUGAUGGGUUAUAUCAAGAGACUUGGUGGUACAAAGAACCAUCUUAUCAAGGAGCAAGAUGUGAACGGGAAUACGCCUUUGCACCUAGCCACCAUAAACUGGCGACCUCGAACUUGCUUUGCUAUGACCAACUCAAAGAUACUUAAUAUUCAGAACAAAGAUGGUUUGAGACCUCUGGAUAUUGCAGAGAUAAACCUGCAGCCUGAUUAUGUUUUGCGAGAGAGGAUGACAUUGAUGGUCUUGCUAUGUGUUUAUGAACCAAGAGGUGUUACUUGGCGUCCAACAAGUGGGAUGACUUUAAGAAGCAGAUCAGAGACUCUUAGUGGUUAUGGUGAAAAAUACAAAGACCGUGUCAACGUACUUCUACUAGUGGCAGCUCUUGUUGCAACCAUAACGUACGCUGCAGGUUUUACUAUGCCAGGUGGGUUUAACACCUCUGCUCCAAACUUGGGCAUGGCUGUUUUGAUCGAUGACCGCACUUUCUCAAACUUUCUGGUAUGUGACACCUUGGCAAUGCAAUGCUCCGUUAUAGCAAUAGUUGCUCUUAUCUGGGCACAGUUGGGAGAUCAAGAACUCGCGCACAGAGCUUUUCAUUUGGCUUUGCCUUCACUCUUCUUUGCUCUAUUCUUCAUGUCUUCAGCAUUCAUUUAUGGAGUCAAUGCUGCAGUAAAAGAAAACACCGUGCUUGAUGACAAGAUACAUAUUAUAUCUGCAACCUUCUGUAAUGUGAUGCUUGUCCUCCUCGGACCUUACGUUAUCCCACAGGUCUAUGGCAUUCCUUUUGUUCAAGAUCUAACCAGUCUUUAUCUCUAUAUUCUUUUGUGGUUUGUUAGUGAAGACGAUGAUGACAUCUCCAUUUUUUUGAAGAGGGAGUCAAUGGGAUCCUCAAGCCGGGAUCAAGUUGAAAAUUGUUAAAAUCGUCUUAAGGGAGAUAUAUCAAAAAAGCCUUAUUUCAAUAUUGGAACGCAUCUUUAUCUGUAAUAUGGAUCCACUGCUUUUCUUUAAUAAAACAUGUUGCAAAGUUUUUUUCUGAUUAUUUUAAGACUACU